AUGCAAACAGCCAAAGGAAUCUUUAGUUUUAGUAUGUUCGAAGGAAAGCCGUCACAGAUUAAAAUCUCCAUUUUCAAAUGUUUUAUUUUAGCUUUUGAUGCAUUAGGGUUGGAAACGGUACAUGCACAUAGACACCAUAGAUACCAUGACACAAAAGUAAGUAAUCGAUUUAAAAUGUCAUUUAAAAUACCAUUAAAUGGUUUAGGUAUAAUCAAUUGGAAUUAUUGGUCUUUAGGUUGA